AUGGUGAUGUUAACGACCAUGGUGGCCAUGUCAUCUAGCACAUGUUGGGACGAUUGGAGCCGCUGUACUGGAUGGUCAAGCGCGUUUGGAGGCAUACUAUGGCAAAAAUGUAACCAGAGGUGUGUAUGCCUGGGCUAUUCAAGUGGUGCGUGCGUCGAAGCGCCCACCACUUGUGCGGGUUUAAGGUCCGGCACCAUGGUCAGCCAGUGCCAGUGCAGAGGCAAAAAGGGCAAUCCACCAAGUUCUGGUUGCGGUUUAUAG